CAGUUACAAAAAAGUUUUGAUUUUUAUUGCCUCCUCCAUUAAGGAGAAGGAGAGGAAAAUGGGAGUGCUUGAAUUCACCGGAAACCUAACCCACCAGACGGUGGUGCCCCUAGCGGUGUUUGUGGCCAUUUUGUGUCUGUGCUUGGUGGUGGGUCACUUGCUUGAAGAGAACCGCUGGGUCAAUGUAUCCAUCACUGCCAUCUCAAUUGGGUUUAUAUCUGGGACAGCAAUCUUGUUGCUUACCAAAGGGAAAAAUUCUCACAUUCUACGAUUCAAUGAAGAGUUGUUCUUCAUAUAUCUCCUCCCUCCCAUAAUAUUCAAUGCAGGGUUUCAGGUGAAGAAGAAGCGGUUCUUUCACAACUUCUUUACCAUCAUGUUGUUUGGAGUAACUGGGGUUUUCAUUUCAACUUUGAUUAUAACAGUUGGCAGUAGGUGGCUGUUUCCUGAGUUGGGAUUUAUCGGUUUGACUGCAAAAGACUUUCUUGCUGUAGGAACAAUAUUUUCUUCAACAGACACAGUAUGUACAUUGCAGGUUCUCCACCAAGAUGAAACUCCGUUGCUGUACAGCCUAGUGUUUGGAGAAGGAGUGGUGAAUGAUGCGACAUCUGUUGUUCUCUUCAAUGCAAUUCAAAAGAUUGAUGUUGCAAGGUUAAACAGAUGGACAUCUCUCCAAGUGAUUGGGGAUUUCUUUUACCUGUUCGCAACAAGCACUGCUCUUGGAGUUUCUAUUGGACUUCUGACAGCAUAUUUGCUUAAAAUCUUGUACUUUGGAAGACAUUCAACAGUUCGUGAACUUGCUAUAAUGAUUUUAAUGUCUUAUCUGUCUUAUAUGUUGGCAGAGUUGUUUGAACUCAGUGGGAUUCUCACUGUUUUCUUCUGUGGAAUUCUUAUGUCACACUAUGCGUGGCAUAAUGUGACUGAAAGUUCAAGAAUCACAACCAGGCAUAUAUUUGCAAUGAUGUCAUUUGUUGCAGAAACGUUUAUAUUUCUCUAUGUUGGAAUGGAUGCUCUCGACAUUGGGAAAUGGAAGAUAACCAAAUUGAGUUUUCAGAAGUUAACAGGCAUCUAUUGCACCAUAGUACUGCUAACGUUGCUUGGGCGUGCCGCGUUUGUAUUUCCUCUUUCCUUAUUGUCUAAUUACAUAAAUAGGCGUGCUCAGAGUGCAUCAUCAAUUACAUUCAAAAACCAGUUCACAUAUUCUGGUGUUACUUGGGAUCCAAUUAAUGCCACAAUGAUUACCAGCACAAUAAUUGUUGUUCUCUUUACUACAAUAGUAUUGGGAUCCAAUUAAUGCCACAAUGAUUACCAGCACAAUAAUUGUUGUUCUCUUUACUACAAUAGUCUUUGGGUUUCUAACAAAGUCCCUUAUAAGUCAUCUACUUCUUCCCAACACACUAAACAAGAGCAACUGCAGACAGGAACCAAGAUCCCCCAGGGAGGACAUCACCCUUCCUUUACUUUCCUUUGAAGAAUCUGCCUCAACCAAUAUCCUUCGUGCAAAGGACAGUUUGUCCAUGUUAAUUGAAAGGCCUGUGUACACCAUUCAUUACUAUUGGAGGAAAUUUGAUGACACCUACAUGAGGCCCAUGUUUGGUGGCCCUCACAGCGGUUCCUCUGAAUGUUAGCAUGGUUCUAUCAAGCAGAAGUACAUUGUGGGAAGCUGUAUGCCAGUGGAGUUGGAGGGAUCUUGUUUGAAUUACCAGCAUCUUUGUAACAACACUAUGCUGGUAGCUAGAGACUAUAGUAGACAUGGCUCUGUACAUAUUCCCUACCGUAGUGAAGUGAAUGAAUUCAUGCAUUUAAAAUACAAGUUGCAGUUUUUCUCGCUCUCUUAACCCGAUGUGGAUGCUUCUUGCUCUAGUACAUAGUGCUUGAUUACUUUUUAGUGCUUUAUAUAUAUAUUUUGGAAGAGGUAGGGGUGGAGAGAUGGAAUGCAAAAUCAAGUGAUUGCAAUGUGGGUAAACCAUAAAGCCUGAAAGAUGUC